AUGGCCUUCGUGGCCGCUCCUCACAUCAUGGAGAAUGAGCAGAACCAGUCGAUGUACUGGAUCGACCACGAUGAGGCCGAAAUCACGAACGAACACUUCUUCGACCAGUUUGUCUCCUUUGAAGGGGGAGACUCGCAGGCACAUGCCUGCGAGCUAUUGCAAAACCCGCAAAGCCCAUCUAUGCUUCUUGGCUCCGCCGAGCACGAUGCCGUCGACCUGGCAUCCGACGUCGAUGUGCCAACCUACGGAACGGAGGUUGAAGCAACGGCUCCAAUCACAAUACCCCCUCGGGCUACGCCAAUCCUUCGACGCAAAAACAACUUGCCCUCGGUGCUUGCAGCAGGACCCGCUGACUUCGCCACCGGCUCCCACACGACAGACUCGGACCUGCUACGUCUUGAGGGAAUCUCGCUGCGGUCGCCACGCCAUAAGUUGCCUGUGACAGAGAGCCCUCCUUCAACGCGAGGUCAAUCCUUGAGCCCACGUAAGCAUGGCUUGCUGGACUCGGUGUAUGCCACGAUCCGCAAAGCGACUCACCGGAACAAGGCCUCCAACAAAUCAAGUCAACCAAGAACGAGCAUCAUGAACCUCGAUCUCUUCAAGAGCCCCAUCAAAAUAGAGGAAGAUGUCUCUCAGAACACCGACCUGGGAAGUUUUACAGACGACCAGUUGCUCACUACAGGGCCGAUCGACUCAAAUGGUCUACCACUUUCUCCUCCACUCACUGGCCGCAUCCCACCGUCCACCAUGCGGUCGAAUGGCGAGAGCUUUGUCACAGGACAUUUCGAGGAUCCUUUCAGUGACGGGCAUUUACAACAAAGACCGACUGGCCUCUCGCUUCCACUGGCGCCAGGCGACAUCCAGGGUACCACCCCCAUCACAACGCCAGCCAUGAACACUGAGGACUUUUACAAGUACGCCACCACCAUGAUUGACGCGGAGGCUCCAAUUUGUCGGCCGAAGCAGCAGAGGAGCACCAGUAUCGCGGAGUGGCCGAGUGAGGGCCUGCUGACGGAUGAUAGCCAGCUGUGGUCCGACGAGUCUUCCUCGUCUGCAUAUGUCACAGACAAUGGCGUGUCUGCGCCUGACUGGUGGGACAACAAUGGCAAGAUCGGCCAUGGCUUCAACGCAAACAAUGCCCACCAUCCAGGGCUCCGGCGUGCCAGCACAAGCGUUCUCAGCUCCAUCAACACUAGCAGCAACCAGUCUUUGGGUUUCAACAUGGACAGCGGUGCGGGCCACAGCAGCAGCAGCCAGCAUGACGAGAUGUCAUACGAGUACGACGCGUCCGAAAUGUCAGGCCUGAUGAUCCAGAUGCCGCACACACAAGCGGGCCCGCAAGCCGACUACCUGAUAGGAGCACCAGUACCUGGUGACUCCAUGGGGAACAGCUUCAUCGGCACAACAGCAGCCGUACCACAACUGCCCCCAACACCCAGCCAGCACUACAUACCCACACAUCAAGGGUUCACUGAGCACAAAAGACCACGCCCUCGCGCUCCCUCCUCCGGAGCUCGCCAUUACGGCAGCCUGACAUCUCCUCGCAAGCCCAGUAUGCACCGUAGUGGAAGUAGGCCCAUGCUUCGCGAAGAGUCACCUUCUCCCUCACCAGCACAGAAUGUCUCUGUCCGGCAGCGAUCAGCGUCGAUCAGCUCCGUCCGCAAGAAGAAGUCCUGGUGUCGCCAGCAGCAACAGCGAGAGCAACAGCAGCAAAAUUCUCGCACCACGCCAAACACCCCAGCAGGACUGACUUCUUCAGCAAGUUUCGGCUCUCUGACCGGCAUGGGAAGCGGUGCGGUGGGGGCCACGAUGGGAAUCGUCGGGCCUACGAUGCCAAUGCCCACGGGAGCCCCGAGCGGCAUGAGCAGUCGCAGCAGCAGUGUCGGCGGCGGCCUGGGACUUGGCGGCAAUGGGGCCGGCGGCGGAGGCAUCAGUCUCGGCGGCAUUGACUUUGUCAACUUUACCCCGUCAGACAAGAACGUGCUCAUGACAGGCGUCGCGCCAAGCGGGUCGAGCAAGACCAAAGCCCGCCGCGAGAAAGAGGCCGCGGAUCGCAGGCGGCGGCUGAACGAGGCGGCCCUUCAGGCUGUGCAGGCGGCGGGCGGCGACGUCGAGAAACUCCGACUGCUCGAGCAGGGGUUCACACUCGAGACCUGA